AUGGCGACGUCAUCGAUGUCAUCUUUGACGUCUUCACAUUAUCCGCCAUCAGCAGCAACUUCAGCAGCAGCAGUUGCAUCUUCUGCAUUUGCUGCCAAUUCAGUCAUUCCACCUUUUGAUGCUCGAAAUUUGGAAAUCAAAACCAAAUCAAUCGAACAAACAUUAAUACCUUUAGUAACCCAGGUUUGUCAUCAUUCAAUUGUUUUUGUUAUGUUUUUUAUUUGAAUGACGUGAGAGAGGAAACAAUUAUGUAUAUGCUCAAUUUAACUCGAAGAUACCCAAAAUAACAUGUUCCCUUUUUUAAGAUAACAACUUUGGUCAAUUAUAAAGAAUCUUAUUUACAAAAUGGAAAGCCAAAAUCUGAACGAGCAAUGAGAGCCGCUUUGAAAGUAAGUGAAAUUUGUUAUUCAAAGACAAUGUUAUUUUUUUUUUCAAAAUAGAUCGGAAGUUCUGUAGAAGCUGCAAUUGAGAGAUUUGUUUGUGUUGGAGAAACGAUAGCAGAUGAAAAUGCAGACAUUCAACCAGAAAUGUAUGAUGCUUGCACUGAAGCAAGAUUAGCUGGUGAGAUUUAUUCAUUUUUUGUUUGGUCGAUCUGUGCUCAAACUACGACUACCCUACGCACUCAAAUAUCAUAUUUCAACUCUCUUUCUCGAACAUGUUGUUCUCAUUUUCCAGGCGCAUCUAUGGCCAACCUUUCUUGUGCUUGUAAUGAUGAUCCGAAUUCAAUGGUUGAUAAAGCUGUUCUAGUUCGUGCAUCUCGACAAUUAUUAAGUAGUGUUACUCGAGUUCUUCUAUUAGCUGAUCGGGUUUUAGUGAAACAAGUUCUACGAGCCGAAGACAAAAUCGCAUUUUCACUUUCACGACUUGAAUCAACAAGAAGUUUCAAUGAUUUUGUCAAAGUUUUUGCUGUUUUUGGAGGAGAAAUGGUAGAAUUAGCACACCGAUCUGGUGAUAGACAACAUGAUUUGAAAAGUGAAAAGAGGCGUGCACAAAUGUCUGUUGCUCGAACUUCACUCGAAAGACUGACCAUGUUACUUUUGACUUCUUCAAAAACUUAUCUCAGGCAUCCUGAUUGUGAUUCAGCACUACAAUGUAGAGAUGGAGUAUUUUUACAGGUUUGUGAAAAAUAAAUAAAUAAAUAAUCAUUUCAAAAAAUAAGAAUACUUUUAGAUGAAACUAUCAUUAGAACUAAUUGCGAUAUGUGUAUGCGAUGGGAUUUUGACAACAGAAAAGAAUCGAUAUAUUCAAGAUGAGCCAGAUAUGCCCAUUGAUAUUGCACUUCAAUUGACAGCAAAUGCAGCUAUCAAACAAUUAACUGAAAUGCUUGAAAUGAUAAGAAUGACUGCGCGAGUUGGAGCUGGAGUUAGGGAGAGGAUUGUAGCGGCAUUAGAUGCAUUGUGUCAAUUAACACAGGAUUUCACUGAUUCUGCGUAUACUCCACAUCAUCAACGAGAACAAGUAAGAUAGUUUCGAAUUAAGUUACAGUAUACCAAUACGUAAAUUUACAGGUAUUGGAUUUUCUGGAAGAAUGCCGAUUUGAAAUGACAAAUCUGAUUCAACCAGAUGAAAAUGAGCAACUAGCCGCCAGUGGACUUGAAGUUACUGUAGAACGAUUGAAUCGCCGACUAAAAGAUUUGAGCAAACAACUUCAAAUUGUUGCAAUGGAACAAAUAUCGGAAGUAUUGAGAGCAAACGAAGACCAAGUUUUACUGUCAUCAAUGAAAGCUUGUGCAGUUUCGGGAGAUAUCGAUGGAGUUGAGAAAUAUAUGCAUAAAUUCAGAGAACAUGCAGAUCAUAUGCAAGAAGUUUGUCGUUUACUUCAUCAUAUUUCACUAAAUGAUGCUUUACAUGUUCAUACAGGACAUGUUGAAAGGAAUAUGAGGGCACUUGCACCAUUGGUAAGAAACACUUCACGAGAUAAUCAAUUCGAACUUGUUUAUUUCAGACUAUUCUAGCAGGAAGAACACUUUGUGUUCAUCCAUCAUCAAGAAUUGCGCGAGAAAAUCUCGAAGUAUUUUGUGAUACUUGGGGACAAACUGUGAAUGAUUUAUCAAGAGUUGCAAAAGAAUCAGAUGUUGCAGCAAAUGGGCGAAUUGCUGCCGAAAAACAAGCAUAUAUGUCACUUCCAAGACCAGGGGUAAGUUAUUCAUCCGAAGAUUCAAUUGAUGCAAAACUUCUACCGAAUGGUGGUCGUCGACCAAAAAUGAUCGAUAAAAAUUCAACUAGAGUUGUUAAUCAAACUGGUGAUGAAAUGAGUUCGGAUGAUUCUGAGAAUGAAAGAAGAGAUGGUUGUGAUGUGAAUGCAUUCGAAUAUCGCAUGAGUCUUAUUAUUGAUGAUUUACAGCUUGAAAAUUUGAGAAAUUUAAGUUUGAUUGAAGAAAAUAAAAAGAGAAAUGCAUGAUUUGCUGUGAUUGUUGUUGUUGUUUUUUGCAUGUGAAUACUUAUUUUCUUUCCGUGUUGUGAUAUCUCAGAUUUUAUAAAUUAUUGGAUUUUUACGUUGUUGGAAUUUUCAAAGUACGUUUCUUUUUUUUAGAAACAUGGAACAACGCAGAAGCCAUCGAAACCAAUAACUUUAGAUGUAGAAGAUCAACAAAAAAUGGCAAAAGUCGGACUAGAAAUGAAGUUAUUAACUUCUGAAGUAGAUGCAGAAGCUGAGAAAUGGGACGAAUAUGCUGAAAAUGAUAUUGUGAAACGGGCAAAAGCAAUGUCAUCAAUGGCAUAUAAUAUGUAUUUAUUCACAAGAGGAGAUGGUCCUUUGAAAACCACUCAUGAUUUAUUCACACAAGCUGAAUUUUUCGCUGAACAAGCUAAUCAAAUGUAUCGUACAGUUCGAGAAUUUUCAUACGAAGUUCCUGGUUCAGCUGAAAAAUCGGAUUUAUCAGCUAUUUUAGAGCGGAUUCCUUUGCAUUGUCAACAACUUCAAGUUAUGGUUAAAAGUCCAACAGUUGGGAAAACAGCAACAUUCGGGAAAGUGGAUUCUGUUAUUCAAGAAACUAAAAACUUGAUGAACGAAAUAGCAAAAUUGGUGACAGCAUCAUUUGUUUGUGCAACAAAGGUGAGAAUAACAAAUAAAUCAGAGAGAAUAAAUGAAUUACAUCGGAGAAAAAACCAAAAUCUUGAGAAAAAAAUAAACAUAUUCAGAUGUUCCAACUCGAAAAAGCCAAAGGGUAAGAUAGAUCCCGAUAUAUAAAGACCGCAAACCUUUUUUGGUAGAGGCUUAGUAAUGUAGUUGUCGAUUUUUAGUUGAUUUUUAUUUAGUGUCACAUAUAGAUAACCCUUCGAAAUUGUGGUGAAUUUUUUGCAGUAUGAAAUCGAGUUUCGCGGAGGUUCGGUCAAUGGGCGGACCAAUGCUGACGGUGAAAGGACCAGUCGCGAAUCGACUGUUUGGCGCAGGACACCAAGUAUCCGAAGAGCAGCGCCGCCACCCUCUUCGCUCCUUUCAACCACAAACAACUCAUCAAGCAUACACCUUUAGGUAUGCUCUUUAAAUAACAAAUAAAAUUGAAAAUCUCAUACUUUUGACAUGAAAACCCCAUUUAGAACCGUUCAGCUUUCACUAUAUAAAAAAUUCCCAUAAAGAAUAAACGUACCUGAAUCAAAUAUACAUUUUUCAGCAGUACAAUUGCCGGCUAA